AUGUUGGUUAUGAUGAAUUUCAGUAAAAACCCCCAUCGUGGCAGUCCCACUCACAAGGAAAACAUUCCAUCUUCAACCAAAGCAGAAUCCUUUCAGUACCCGAGGACCACACAGCGCACAGUGCUCGGAUCCUUGUCAGAAAAUGAGCAGCGUGGACGAUCCCUAAGCCAGGGAAGCCAGUUUUCCAAGCACAGUUCUGUUUCAGACAGCUCGCAGCUCAACUUUCUCGGCUGCCCAUCCAGCUCCAGCUAUGAUGUGUACGUUGAGGAGGCUUGUGAAGUUGUCCUCGCCGCUUCGGGUCAGGAAGUCAUUUCAGAUGGUUAUGACCUUGAGGUUGAUGCCAAUCCCCUGCAGAAUGAACAUGUCAGGCUCCUGAUGGAGUUUAGUUCAAAUUCAUGCCAGGAUGCCUCCAUGCUGUCCGAACCAGAUGAAUCCCUGAUAUCUGGAGAGACUUUCUGUUUUGAUUAUGCAGAAGAUAUUUACAAGAACUUAAGGGAGAGUGAAAAGCAGUUCAGGCCAAAGCCAAGCUACUUGGAGAGACAUCCAGAGAUCACCAAUGGUAUGCGGGUCAUUCUGGUGGAUUGGCUGGUGGAGGUUGUCCAGGAAUACAAGCUUGGUUCUGAAACUCUGCACCUUGCUGUAAACUACCUGGACCGUUUUCUGUCCUACACAACAUUUAUCAAGAGGAACAAGCUGCAAUUGGUGGGAACAGCUGCAUUACUGAUUGCUGCAAAAUAUGAAGAGAUCUUUCCUCCCGAACUGAACGAGUUUGUGUAUAUCACAGACUGCACCUACGCUAAGAAACAGCUGCUGCGGAUGGAGAGCGUUCUGCUAAAGGUGCUGGACUUCAAGAUGGCAGCACCUACCACCAAUCAGUUCCUUCGCCUAUUCAUGUUCAUCCACUCUGUCUGUUCAACAACAGAGAACCUUGCCAUGUACAUAGCAGAGUUAAGUUUACUAGAAACAGAUCCCUUCCUUCAAUACACCCCAUCCAUACUGGCAGCUGGAACCUACUGCUUAGCUACCUACACUAUACAUAAAUCUUACUGGCCUGACUCUUUAAUUACCUUUACUGGGUACACGAUGGAGGAAAUCAUGCCCUGCCUGACUUCUCUCCACAAGCUGUAUAUCAGUGCAGAGACUCGACCACAACAAGCUGUCAGAGACAAAUACAAAACAUCAAAGUAUUGUCGUGUUUCAGGGAUCUCUCCCCCCACUGCUCUGCCUCUCAAUGUUUGCCUCUCCCGUGACUUCACUACUUCACCUUCCUGAUCCUCCCAGCAGAGCAGUUACAGCUCACUGAAAACAAAGCAGAGCACAUUAAUUUCCACCACACACAUGUGGACUCCUUUACUUUUCUUAAUCCAAUGU